ACCACUACACCAGGCUCCGCAGCGCAGCGCCGUUCCUGGUGGGCUCUGUAGCUCUGUAGCUCCACAGAAGAAGCUAACGUUAGCUAGCUAGCAAGCUGUCAAGCUGUGUAGUGGAGAGAGGCUGGGACCAGACAGCUUCCACCACACACAACGAAUCUGAGAGAAUAUACUUUAGAUCUUCAAGCUGAGAGAAUGUAAAGCAUCACGGAAGCUCCGCACUUCACACCGUUUCUAUGCACUGAGAGUCUUUGAGUGACGACUGCUCGUUGCUAAGCUACAAGGCUAGCUGGCUUUAGCUCAAACCCCCUAGUUUCGUCGGUGUAGCCUCUCUGGUGUGAACCCUUCUCACUGUCGUAGCUUCCGUUGCUGUCAACUACCAUUUUGGGAUAUUUUGGUCUGAAGAGGGACACAAUGGGUGCAUUCCUGGACAAACCAAAGAUGGAAAAAUACAAUUCCCGUGGUGAGGGCAACGACCUGAGGUAUGGGCUGAGUAGCAUGCAGGGCUGGCGGGUAGAGAUGGAAGAUGCACACACAGCAGUAAUUGGUCUGCCUCAUGGUCUCGACCCCUGGUCUUUCUUUGCUGUUUAUGAUGGGCAUGCUGGCUCUCAGGUGGCCAAGUACUGCUGUGAGCACCUGUUGGAGCACAUCACCAGCAACUCAGACUUCCAGAGUGCUCUGCAGGAGGACCCCUCUGUGGAGAGCGUGAAGACUGGGAUCCGCACAGGAUUCCUGCAGAUUGAUGAACACAUGCGAACCAUCUCCGAGAAGAAGCAUGGUGUGGACCGCAGUGGUUCCACCGCUGUGGGCGUGAUGAUAGCUCCGAAACAUACCUACUUUAUCAACUGUGGCGACUCACGGGGAAUCCUCAGCCGGGGCGGAGCUGUGCACUUCUUCACACAGGAUCACAAACCCAGCAAUCCUUUGGAGAAGGAAAGGAUCCAGAAUGCCGGUGGCUCAGUCAUGAUCCAGCGAGUUAACGGGUCCCUAGCUGUGUCUCGGGCUUUGGGAGACUUCGACUACAAGUGUGUGCAUGGAAAAGGCCCGACAGAGCAGCUUGUGUCUCCUGAGCCCGAAGUUUAUGCAAUAGAGAGAUGCGAGGGGGAAGAUGAAUUCAUUAUACUAGCUUGUGAUGGCAUCUGGGAUGUCAUGGCAAAUGAGGAACUGUGUGACUUUGUCAGGUCAAGGCUAGAGGUGACAGAUGAUCUUGAAAGAGUCAGCAAUGAAAUUGUUGACACCUGCUUGUACAAGGGAAGCCGGGACAAUAUGAGUGUUGUGUUAAUCUGCUUUCCUGGGGCACCAAAGGUAUCUCCAGAAGCAGUGAAACGGGAGGCUGAACUGGAUAAAUAUCUGGAGGGCAGAGUAGAAGAGAUCAUCAAAAAGCAGGGGGAUGAAGGUGUCCCGGAUUUGGUCCAUGUUAUGCGGACGUUAGCAUCUGAGAGCAUCCCUAACCUCCCUCCUGGAGGAGAGCUGGCAAGCAAACGAAGUGUUAUUGAAGCAGUGUACAACAAACUCAACCCCUACCGAAGUGAUGACACAGACUCUGCGUCCACAGACGACAUGUGGUAACACAACCUCCUACCACUAACACAGCAUAGAGUUUACAAACCACCAUCCUCUCAAGACCCACAGCAGCUCAGCUCAGCAGUCUGUCUCUCCGUCACUCUGAGCUUUUGGUUUCUAAGAAGGGAAUUUCAUGGGAGGAGGAGGAGGAGGAGGAGGAGGAGGAGGAGGAGGAGGAGGAGGAGGAAGAAGAAGAGGAGUUGCAUGCACACAAACCUGGAAUAGUGCAGCACCAGUCUACUCUGGAGUUCAGGAUCCCCACCGUCUUGUCUCCCCCUUUAUGUUCACCCACCUUAAUACUCUCCUCUAAAGUAAUCCAUAACAAGUGAGUCCCCAAGGUUUUCUUUCUUUUUGUUAAAUAAUCAGCUUCUUAAGUAGUAAGAUUUUUUUUUUUUGCUGUAAUUAAUUUGAUUCACAUUUCCUUGUGUGUGUUUGUAUAUUUCUGUUUUUGUGAAGUGCAAUUGUCCUGUACAAACAGCCUGUAUUUAAUGCAGCUUGAUUUUAAGUUAAAAAAUGAAAGAAAUGAAAAAGAGAACCUUUUAUGCACUAUCUGCCUUUUCCUGCUCUUCUGGAAUUGUAACAAAUGUCUAUUCAGUGAAUAUUACUGCUUGUCCUCCAGGCACAAUGUCUCUGCGCUUUUACUUUACUUUCCUUUUUUUUGUUUUUGUUUUUUCAGUUAGUCUAUGCUCCUUUAAGAAACGGGUAAAUUGUAUAGUUGACAGCACAGUAAGCUCUCUAUAUCAAACCAUUUAAAUCCUAAUUAUUUUUUUUUCCCCUGCGCUUUUUUAUUGUAUUUUAUUUUUGUACGUGGUUUUCUGUACAUGCUCAAAUAAUAAUGGCAAAGUGUUUCUCAGUCAUUUUGGAAAAAAUUAUCUUUUUUUUUUUUCAUUUCUUCGAGGCAUCUGAUGGAGAAAAAAAAUGACCCCUGUUAACACGUUUGUCUGUGCGAAUAGAUACUUGCAAGCGUGCGUGGGUGCUUGUGUGUAUGUAUGUGCGCACGUGUGUCAGUGUAAAGGCAGAUCUGUAUGUGCAACUCUAAUUUAAAAUUUGCUACGGUGGUUCAGACCAGGCUGGAGUUUAAGGGAAUCGCUCUCCCAGUGCUAACCCAUUGUCUGCGCUUGUUUCAGCCAGUGUUCCAUAUCAACCCAACAUAAGCUUUCACUACUUCUUAUUCCAAAAAAGCUUUGGAUAACAGAGUUUACAUGCUGUUACGCUAUUUGAACAACUUCAAGCUAUAUAUCACAACUAUACAGUAACCUGAGAUGACACAAGUAGUUCAAUUUACCCAUGGUGUACAAUGCAUCGCAGCUAGUCUAGUCUAGUCCAGACUAGUUAACACAUCUGUUGUGUCAUAUUUAAAUAUCAGUUUCUAAACAUGCGUUGUUACCAGUGCCCACUGUGGGUGCCAUAUGAUUUAUAAUCACUUGUUUCAGCUUUAUGACAGCCUAUGCCAAGUUUCUUUUUCAUGAGAUUCAGUUUUUUGUAUGUGGUACAGAUAGAUUUUUAGCUUCUACCUUUAACAUCUGCUAAUUUGACUGAUUUUGAUGGACUAUUUUAAAGAAAAUCACCCAUUACCAGUCUGCUGAUAGGACAAACUGUUGACUCUAAAGCUUACGGCUUAUUUUUAUUCCUCACACUGUCUUUAGUUGGACAUUCAAACCAAGAACAAAUCUGCUAACUGCGAUGAGUUCUCAUGGUUGUAUAGCACCUUUUUAUUCCUAGCGGGUUUGCUCUGCCUAAAAAAACCCUCCACCCCACGGCACCACAAGCCAGAGCACAAUACAGUUUGCUGCUAUAGUGUAUGAUCUGUGGGUUGAUUUUUAUUUUUUUUUCAGUUAAUUUCCCCCCUCCAAAAAGAUGAAUAGUCACUGACUAAAUCUGUAUUUAACACACACACCGUAGAUAUAUUUCUUGAGGAGAAAUGGUUUUAUUUCAGAUUUUUUUCUGUCAUUUUUUUUGUCUAAAAUUGCAUUGUUGGAAAUUUAUGUAUGUAUAUAUUUUUGACUUAAACUUUCAAGGAAUAAAUCAUGUCGCUUGAAUUAGUUUUUUUGCCAUGGACAAAAUGUGAUUCUGGUUUGUCUUGGGAUGGUUAGUGGAAUAUUUUUUGGCAAACAAAUAUUUCCCCUCUAAUCACUUACGUGUCCCUCUGAUCAACAAAGAGGGUUUGAGCUGUUUCAUUUAUAUAAUACAUAAUAAUAAUAAUGUACUAAAUUUGUAACUUCAUUUAUCACAAUGACAAUCCUAACUAUUUCACCGCAUUUAGGUUUGUCGUGUUAGCAAAUCUAAACAUCUUUAACACAACACAGACUUUAAUUAGCUGCUUUCUAAUAUGCUUUUGUGGCAAAAAAAGGCCAAAGACACGCAAAUUGUGAUGGUAAAGGAGAACCGAGCUGUAACCCUGUAAAAGAUGUUAAAAAUGUUAAGCUAUUAGAAAGUGAUGUUAACUUUAUUUUGAGAUUUCCAGCUUUUUAAAGGUACCCUCUGGAGUUUUUGACCACUGGUGGCGCUGUAGAGAAACGUUUUGAUGAGCUGGUCCUCGCUCUACUAGCGUGACACAUGACUGCAGGGGGGCAGCGAUGUGUUUAUCAACAGUUGGUGUCAUGGCAACGAGGCAUGAGAAACAAACUGGUGUAAAAAGUGCAAGGUUUCAAAACAGAAAAAAAGCCAUUGAAACUCUUUUGUGAUGUUUGAAAUAGCACUGAGCAUGUUUGUUAGGCCUUAAAGAUGCGCACAAUGCAUUUUGGUAAGAAAUGUUGAAUGUAAACAUAACUGUGUUUACAGUGGAAACUCCAUAUGGUACCUUUAAACAGCCAGUCACCUGAGAAAUGACAUGAAUAAUAGCAGUAGAUUUCUUUGUGUGUGUGUUUGCAUGAAAAUGUGGUUUUACCUCCUCAUAAAAAAGCAAAAAUGCAACAAAAACAAACAGUAAAAAUACAGAUUAAUUCACAUCUUGUGGUUUAAAAUUACAGUAUUGUAUUCCUACCACAAUACUCACCAAUACUACUGUGCUCACAUCAUGUAAAAUGAAAACUCGACAAGUCAGUUAAUUCAGUAUGUUUGAGAAAAAAAGUAAUGCCUUUUAUUUAUGCUUUAGAUGAGCAGUUUUAUUUUGCGAUGCAUUGCUUGUAUUUGUUAAGUGAGUGCACUAAACGUCUCUCUUAUCAAACAGUUUUCAGCACCCGGCUGCUAAUUGCAAACCUGGUAGGUGUUGAUGACUCUUAAAGCAGCAUUUCAUGCAAUUUUCUUCACGCUUUAAAUAAUUAAUUCUUUGCAUCUUGAGUCCAUCGAUUCCCCCCACGCCCCCCCCCCCCACGCCCCUGUACUGUCCUGCAUUGCCCCUAGAGAUUUACAAGUCAGGAUGUGGCCCUUAAAAUGAUGUUGGUUAAUUGCCCAUUUCCAUAACACACCACAGAAUGAAAAAUGUAGAAACUAGCUUUCUAAUAAUAUUAAUUGCUGUAGCUGUUAAGAGAUGACCUGGCUGUGAUCUGUCACAUCUGGGCGUAGUUGUUUAAAUUAUGUAUAAUUUCCAUUGUUAGUCCCCCAUCUCCAACAAAAAAAUGAACAAAAAAAAAAGAUCCCAAGCAUUUAUUCUCCUUGUUUUCAUUUUUCAUUAACUGAAAUACCUCACAACAUUUAUAGGAAGUGUUUUUGUCUUGUGUUAUGUAGAUCCAAACUGUUCAGAAAGUAGUUCACGUGUGGAGACUUUAAUGAAAGCCGUUUGUUUUUGUGCUUCUCCCCUAGAGGUUAUGAUUUUAACACUGAUAUAUAUGAGUGGGAUAAGCCUGUGCUCAUGUACAGUAUUUGACUGAAUUGUGCUGAUGUUAACAAAACAAGUAUCAGUUUAAGUGACUACUGCAAAUGACAACUUAUUUUAGUAACUAGUAACACUAUUGGCCUUGUCGUGAAAGCUGACCCCAUCCCCCCCUCACUAGAACAAAUGCUCACCUGUGUAAUUUCACCAAUUUGUCUACUCGUGCGACGCUCACUUAGCUCAAAUCUAGAAUUGUAUUGAGAGUUCAGGGUUUUAGAAAUGUGUGAGAAGUGACUAAAUGACAAAAGUCAUAUGCACUGAUCAUCUGUAUAAUCAGCUUUUGUUUUCAGAAAAUUGUUAUUGUAGAAAAGAUUGCAAAGCUAUUUACAGAGUUACCUUUGGUUGCCUGGAAUGCAUCCUGUAUAUUCUUGUACGGAGGACUACCUGGCAGAAGAGAUUUUAAAUGCUCGCGCCCUCUUGUACAUAUUGAUGUACCUCAGUUGUGGCGUUUACUGUGCGACCCUUAGCAGUUUAUUUGUCCCCUCACAGGGCGACCUGAGCCUCACUUUGCUGACCCUUUUCAGCUCAUAAAUAAGCUCACCGAUUUGCCUUACCCGAUCUCAUGUUGCCCCCCUAAAGUACUUGUUCAACAAAACACUAUGAGGAGGAGUAAUGCUGCUGACGUUACACUCUUUAGAUUCAAAUCUGUCCCCAUGUUAGGGUACUUAAGCUAUCGACAAAGUGACUUUGUCCUGGUUGUUGUCACAUGGUACAACUUUUCAACCAUCGCUGGUUUGUACGCUUCCUCCCCCCCUCAUCUUUACCUUAUUGAAUCUCGGUCUUUAAAGCUUAUUUAAUUUCUCACUGCAGAUGAUGUCAUACUUUCAACUAAUGCAAGUGUUUUAACAUGGUAACCUCGUAAGCAUUCAAAAUGUGCAUACAUACAUUCAUGUCUGCUAUAUUUAUGAUUACAUUCAAGAAUAGCUUUAGAGUGCUGUAGAUAAGUAUUGUCAAUGUUGAUUCAAAUGCUUCUCAGAGGCCUCUGUGAGUGAUUUUACAAAGUUCAAUAACUGUAUAUUUUGUAUUAUGUUCUAGCUCCAAAGGAAUGGCAGGAAAAAAAAAAAAAGAAAAUGUUUAAAAAAGCUUUGUUCCCUGAACUAAAUUGUACUAUUUGUGUUGUCGAUUGAACAAAUUGCAUUCCUUGCUUGUGAAUUGAUGCAUUUCUCUCCCUGCUCCUUACAUUUUCUCCCCCUUCUUUCCCUCCUUUCUUUCAUUUUUUAGCCUUUGAAGUUUGAAUAAAAUUUCUAGUUUGCAGAAUGUAUUACUAAAUAAAUGGGUUGUCAUCUUGUACCUCUC